CGCACAUGGCUUGAGGGAGAGAAGGAAGCGUGCACGCAGUCGAACAGCGCCUGUGUUGAGAGUGGUACAUCUACAAAUCUUAGUCCACAAUACCGUCUCAUAUAAACUCAGUGUGGGAUUGCCUUUAUGCACAAAAAACAAUAAUGUGAGAACCCGAUGCAGACGUCGUAUCAUGGACGUUUAAUAGUAUCAACUGCUACUUUUUAUUUGUGUCAUUCAUUUUUUAACAGGCCGUGAAAUCAUCGAUUUACACUAAACCCACGGAUACCUGGAUUGAGAUGCAGCAAUGUCCCGAGGAAUAUGCCCACGCGUACAUUUCUGGUGGAUGUUUUCAGUUCUGUUUCUGGUGAAAGUAGUGGAUGUUGGGGCAUACAGCUGUCAUGAGGUGAAGACCGCUUUCCAGGUGCGACAGAUCGGCCCACUGAAGUGGGUACCGGAGACUCCUGGGACAGAUGUGGAGCUGUUGGUGUGUAAGCACCAGGGCCCGUCCUGCUGCACCCGCAAGAUGGAGGAGAGCUACCAGGUGGCGGUGAGACGAGAGACCCUCCAGAAUGUCCGCUCCUACAGCUUCGAGCUGAAGUACCUCAUCUCCGGCCACGCUACCGCCUUCCAGGACACCUUCCAGUACCUGCUGUCCUUCUCCCAGGGCCACCUCUCAUCCCUGCUAGAGGACACCUACCGCCCCCUCUCCCGCGAGGCCCUCCCCCAUGUUAACGCCCUCUUCUCUUCCCUCUCCCUUUACAUCCGUGGACACAACCUCUCCCUCGAGGCCGCAAUCACACGUUUCUACGACAACCUCUUCCCACUCGUCUAUGUACGCUUGGUCAACCCUGGCAUGGGCAUGGCGGGCAAGAGGGGCGAGUGUCUCCGCGCGACCCGGCAAGACGUUAACCCGUUUGGCCCUCAUCCCGAUACGCUUGCCCAAGAACUCAGGCGCGCCCUGGGCGCCGGGCAAGCCCUAUCCCUCGCCCUCGCCGAAGGCACCAAGGUCAUGAACGCCACAGAACACGUUUCCCUCACCAAAGAGUGUUUACGGGGCUUGACCAAGAUGCAGUACUGCUCGCACUGUCGCGGGCUGACGCUGAUCAAGCCGUGCAUGGGCUACUGCUUGAACGUGAUGCGCGGUUGCUUGGCGAGCGUGGCCGAACUGGAUGGGCCGUGGCGGAGGUAUGUGGCGGCACUGGAGGAGCUGACCCACGCUGUGGCUGGACAACACAGCCUGGAGCUUGCCCUGCUGGGGGUCAGGGGGCACGUGAACGAGGCUAUACUCCAUGCACAGCGCCACGGGCCAACACUGACCGCUACGGUGAGGAGAAAGAGUAGAUAGACACACACACACAUUCUCUGUCGUGUUAGAUGAGUGGUUUUAGGAUAGCAUCAUCGUUGAGAGUGAUGCUAAGUCCUUUAGUCUCUCUCUCUCUCUUU